UCGCCUCUCCAGCUCCUCCUCUUAAAUCCCAUAAUAAUAUGGAGUUUCCAACCGCCAUGCUCCUACAGCCAGACAAGUGACAGCACCUGUCAACAUGAAACUCUCCUGACCGACACAAGCUGCGACGAUGGCUUCCCAAGGAUUUUCAUUUCCUCCGCCGCCACCACCACCACCGCCACCACCACCGACCCAACAGCAACAGCAAGGACCCGGCUAUCCGAAUAAUGCAACAGCCUACGGGCAUCAAAAUGCCUAUUCGCAGCGCGGUAGUCGUGGGUCGGGGAACUAUAAUCGAGGGCGUGGUCGCGGCGGUAUGAACCGAGGAGGAGGCCGUGGAGGUGGCUAUCUGAACAAUACCCAUUAUCGAAACCAACAACAAGGUGUCAGUGUCAGUGCCAGUGCUUAUGGCGGAUACCCCCAUGGACCGUCUGUUACGGGCCAGCAACAGAACCCUGUGGCAGCGCAAAACUAUUAUUCGAACCCAUCACUCGCGCAAUCGAGAUCGUAUCCGGCCGUCGCUCAGUCGUAUCCUCACACUGCGGGCUCAACGUACUCGCACACGAAUUACGAUGCCGGGUACCGAAAUACGCAUGAUGUACAUGGUAACACGCCAACGCCAUCGCAGCAAACAGGCUACGGUAGUAAUAUACCCUCGCAGUCACCCUCUUCAGCGCCGCGAGGACUCGCCGGGGCAGGGCCGGUGAUGGCACCGCCGAUGCGUUGGGGGUACGAUAGUACUGGAACUGGAGGGUUCUAUCCUGGUGCUACUAAUGAAACUACCUACAAUGCGUCGCCAUAUCAAAGCUCUGCGCCCGGCAAUGCAGGCGGCGGUUACAGAAUGACCGGACAUAAACGGCCGUUUUCGUCUGCUUUUGAAAAGCCAAUGUCAAGCGUCCCGCGCGCACCAGCGCCGCCUGCUGUACCCAGCUUUGGAGUUCCUCUACCGGCAAAACCGCCGCAGCCAGCCGAUGCGGUGAAGAAAGUUCCUAAGAAGAAGAAGCGCAAAUUCAACCAGCUUGGCCUCACCCCUAAGACAGAAGAGCAUGAGUCUAGUGCGGAGGAAGACGAUGUGGAUGAAGAAGCUCGCUUCGCCUCGGCUAGCGGUUUGUCAGGAACUCUUCAGUUUACAUUCCGAGGGCGUACGUCGACAUUGGAGACGACGGCAGAUCUUCAGUCCUGGAUUGAAGAACGCAAGAAACGCUUCCCAACUCAAGCGCGGGUCGACGAAAAGAAGAAAGCUCAAGAGGAAGCUCGGAAACAGAGAGAGCAACAGCGCGAGGAGGCGCGUCGAAAACAGCAAGAAGCGAGGUUGAAAAAGGAACAAGCGAAAAGGGAUCAGGGAGAGCAGGGUAUAGAUCCGGUAGAUGCAGCUAACAAGGCUAAGUUGAGGGCAGAAAAGCUGCGCAAAAAAUUGAUGAAGGAAGAGAAACGCUUGCAAAAGGCAGAGGCAGUGGCAGAGCGGGCGCGGCUCAUGGCAGAGGCGUCACAGCAGAAACCGAAAUCAGAGGCUGAUGGUACACAGACUUCAGAAAGUCAGAGUAGAGUUGAAUUGUUGCAGGAAAAUGCAAACGCUGUUGAUAUCACAUCACCGACGGAACCUAUUAGAGAAGUCAUUUCCAGUGAAUCAGAUAUUUCAUCUGAUGACGACAGUGAAAACGACGAAGAGGAUGCACCAGAAGAAGCAUCAUCUCGUCGUGAUGGCCCCGAACGAGUCCCUCCUCCGCCACGGGAUGGUAGCACGAAGCGGAAGAAACUAUGCCACAAUUUCCAACGCAGAGGACGCUGUCCACGAGGCGACCAAUGCCGGUUCUCACACGAGCUCCCAGAAACAGCCAACAAGUCGCGAUCUGAUGCGACCAAGGCUGGUGGAACGCGGCAGCCUGCUAGGAGAGGGCUCUUUCAAAUGCUCGUCAACCAGGAGAUGGAAGCAAGAGACCGCCAGGUGAUGCAGGCCAUUUCCUGGCUCGGGUCACAGGGGCUUCUCGAAGACCUACCACCAGGCCAGCAAGCUGCUGCCGGCAAUUCCGUAGGUGCGAUUUGACUGCUGUCCAGCUGUCUUUUCAGUUGGUGUACUUUAUAUAGACAUCUCAUCAUUGCAUCAUUUGCAUCAUAUGCACUAUGCAUAUCUGCAUCUAUAGAUAUCUUUGUCCUCCAAUAUCAAUUGAUACAUGUAUAUGUAAAUAAUUAUAAUAACUAUUCUUAUAGCAAGCCAAGCAUUGACUAGUGUGGACCAUUGUGGAGUCACUAAUUAUAGAUUGCGCGUCCAUCUCGUUCUACACUAAGCACUUUAAUCAAGACUCCAGUCCAGUAUCUUAACAAAUAACAAGAAUAUCAAAUCAAAUAUCAACUAUCAAUAUGAAAACUUUUCAAGCAAAGCACUUUGAGG